UCUUCUACGCAUGCGCGCAUUGUGCGUCGUUUACUACAGUCUACAAUUGUUAAACUAAAAGAAACACCAUUUAAAAACAUGUCGGAGAAAGGAGAGGUGGAUUUAACUGGUGCCAAGCAGAACACGGGUGUGUGGCUUGUGAAGGUACCCAAAUAUCUCUCUCAGCAAUGGGCGAAAGCGACGGGCAGAGGGGACGUCGGGAAACUCCGAAUAUGCAAGAAAGGAAACCAAGGAAAAGCAGAGGUGUCUUUCACUUUGAAUGAAGAGCUGACCGUGAUCGACGGUAUCGAAGACAAGACGGUGUCGGCGCCUCGCGACCACCCGUUCACCAUGCAGACGGUGGGGGGUCAGAUGCUGGCGGUCUUCACAGAGAACUCGUCAGGCCAGUCAGAAGAAAGAUCUGAUGGCAGCAGCUCAGUUUCGGGGGCGGGGGCAGGUCCAGAUAAAAUCGCCUUGGAGGGAGUGGUAGUGCAGAGAGCAGAGUGCAGACCUGCUGUUAGUGAAAGCUACAUGAGGCUGAAGAGGUUGCAGAUUGAAGAGUUGGCCAAGCCGGUCCGGCUGUCACAACAGUUGGAUAGAGUUGUCACCAGCAACUACAAACCGGUGGCCAACCAUACUUACAAUCUUGAGUAUGAGCGGAAAAAGAAGGAGGACGGAAAGAGAGCAAGAGCAGAUAAACAGCAGGUGUUGGACAUGUUGUUUUCUGCUUUUGAGAAGCAUCAGUUCUACAACAUCAAAGACCUGGUGGACAUCACCAAACAGCCUGUGAUUUACUUGAAGGAAAUCCUGCGUGACAUUGGCAUCUACAAUGUGAAGGGGACGCACAAGAACACCUGGGAGCUCAAACCAGAAUACCGACAUUACCAAGGCGAGGAAAAGACCGACGAAUAGUUUUGGACCCUCCCAAGGCCGAUACACCGCCUGUUAUUUUGAUAGGGGCGGUGUCCCUCCCAAAUACCCAGAGCAGGCCUUGCUCAGCCUCCGGCUUACCACGUCAGGUCAAAAGCAACACUGGACGAUGAGGCCAUGUGUUAAGGGAGAGGUUGUGGUAUCCUGUUACUUUGUAGGAGACACAAAGAAAGGGCAACAAAUGCAAGUGUUGCGCUCAUGUGUGCUCUACUGGACGUUGGUUGAAGCUUCUGCAGACGAGGCCUCAGUACGAGUUUAGUUCUAGCCAGCAGGCUCAGGACAUGACAUUUAUGAAUGUCUGUCUUGGCAUCGAAUAAUUGACACUAGCUCUCACCGCCAACCAGACAUGCGCUGAGGAAGUUUGUUUUUAAUAGACCUUUUAAAUUUCUGUGUUGACAAUUUAGACCGGCAGCAUUGCUGCAAAUCUUCCUGUAUUUGUAGUUGAGUUUUCACAUCAGCUCAUCUGGACAGUUUUUAAAUUGCAAUGACUUAUGCAUUAAAUGGUUUUCAACAUAA